CACCCACUCUGCCCCAGAUCUCGUUUGCCACUAGCAGCCAACCAGUCAGGCCCAAGUCCGCGGGCCAAAAGCGAUUGGGGGCGAGCGAGCUCGGCCCCACAGUCCCUUGUGCCCCCGCCCCGGCCCAAGGCAGUGUAUCCAACCCUCCCAGCCACUUUCCUCUUGUGGAAGCGGAGCAGCGGCCUCGCUGUAACGCAGAGGCGAAAUGUAGCGAGCCGGGGGUCGUGGCUGGACGCUUGCCUUGGUUGGGGGUGUGGGGGAGGGGGCACGCUGAGGGCCGAGGAAGACUGGCGAGGAAGAGGAGUGAUGAGAAGAGGGGGAACCCUGCACCCCCCAAGACCACGGGCCCCUGCUGCCACUCGCCAGGCGCCCCCCUUCCUCCUAAGCGAGGGGCAGGUGUUCCACACAGAUUCUCGUGACUUGAAGGAGCAGGGAUUUGGGGAGCUUCAGGGUCUUCCCAGGAAGGAAGGAAAUCUCCAGAAGAAAGGUGAAAGACAACAGACGGUGCCCCAGGACCAGCAGAGCCUGACAAGCUGUGGGGAGCUUAAGGAUCCCAGCCAGAGGUGUGGGAAGAAGCCACAGCUCUAGGCCCAGUCUGCCUUCUGAAAGAUUUGAACUCAAGCUACUUUUCAUGAAAGAAGGGCCACCUCAGAGGGUACCCCAGACUUGGCUGGGCUCUUCCAGUCUGGAUGUCCCUGCUCUGAGAAGCCUGCUGCUGAGAACCAAAGAAGAUAAGCGGUCAGAUUAAUUUUCCCCCGGCCCAGCACUGGACGACAGAAAUCAGGCAUCUGCACCCCUAGGGGCUGGCUGCUGGGUCUAGUGAAGAGUUUCUGGUUUUCUCCAGCUUGUAGUUUCAGUGCUUGAUGGGGCUGCCUGUUGGUAGAUCAGUUUUUGCAGCGCCUGGUAUGAGCAGAGAGCCGUGGGAAGAGGUCCCUCGGCACCCAAACCUUGGUUCACCCCAAGACUAAGUUCUUUCCCGAGUUAGAGAGGGAGAGAGAAAGAAAACGAGAGAGAGAGAGAGAGAGAGAGAGAGAGGGAGAAAAAAGUUUCCCCCUUUCCAUCUUCCCUUCCCGUCAUGUCCUCUAAGUCAGAGCCAAAGGACAUCCACCAGCUGAACGGGACUGGCCCUGCUGUUUCACCCUGCUCUUCAGAUGGCCCUGGGCGAGAGCCCUUGGCUGGGACCUCCGAGUUCCUGGGGCCUGAUGGGGCUGGGGUAGAGGUGGUGGCGGCGGCGAUUGAGUCUCGGGCCAACGCCAAGGGGGUUCGGGAGGAGGAUGCCCUGCUGGAGAACGGGAGCCAGAGCAAUGAAAGUGACGACGUCAGCACGGAUCGUGGCCCCGCACCGCCCUCCCCGCUCAAGGAGACCUCCUUUUCCAUCGGGCUGCAAGUGCUGUUCCCCUUCCUCCUGGCAGGCUUUGGGACUGUGGCUGCAGGCAUGGUGCUGGACAUCGUUCAGCAUUGGGAAGUCUUCCAGAAAGUGACAGAGGUCUUCAUCCUGGUGCCUGCACUGCUGGGACUUAAGGGGAACCUGGAAAUGACCCUGGCAUCCAGGCUGUCCACCGCAGCCAACAUCGGGCACAUGGACACGCCCAAGGAGCUCUGGCGGAUGAUCACUGGGAACAUGGCCCUCAUCCAGGUACAGGCCACGGUGGUGGGCUUCCUGGCAUCCAUCGCAGCCGUGGUCUUUGGCUGGAUCCCUGACGGCCACUUCAGUAUCCCUCAUGCCUUCCUGCUGUGUGCCAGCAGCGUGGCCACGGCCUUCAUUGCCUCCCUGGUACUGGGUAUGAUUAUGAUUGGGGUCAUCAUUGGCUCUCGAAAGAUUGGAAUCAACCCAGACAAUGUGGCCACUCCCAUUGCUGCCAGCCUAGGUGACCUCAUUACCUUGGCUCUGCUCUCAGGCAUCAGCUGGGGACUCUACCUGGAGCUGGGUAACUGGCAAUACAUCUACCCCCUGGUAUGUGCCUUCUUCGUGGCCCUGCUACCCGUCUGGGUGGUGCUGGCUCGACGGAGCCCAUCCACAAGGGAGGUGCUGUACUCGGGCUGGGAGCCUGUCAUCAUUGCCAUGGCCAUCAGCAGUGUGGGAGGCCUCAUCUUGGACAAGACUGUCUCAGACCCCAACUUUGCAGGGAUGGCUGUCUUCACACCUGUGAUUAACGGUGUUGGGGGCAAUCUGGUGGCCGUGCAGGCCAGCCGCAUCUCCACCUUCCUCCACAUGAAUGGAAUGCCAGGGGAGAACUCUGAGCAAGCCCCUCGCCGCUGUCCCAGCCCAUGCACCACCUUCUUCAGUCCUGAUGUGAAUUCUCGCUCGGCCCGAGUCCUCUUCCUUCUUGUGGUCCCAGGACACCUGGUGUUCCUCUACACCAUCAGCUGUAUGCAGGCCGGGCACACCACACUCACACUCAUCUUCAUUGUCUUCUACAUGACAGCGGCACUGCUCCAGGUGCUGAUUCUCCUGUACAUCGCAGACUGGAUGGUGCACUGGAUGUGGGGCCGGGGCCUGGACCCGGACAACUUCUCCAUCCCGUACUUGACAGCUCUGGGGGACCUGCUUGGCACAGGGCUCCUAGCACUCAGCUUCCAUGUCCUCUGGCUUAUUGGGGACCGAGACACGGAUGUUGGGGACUAGCCUGGUCACUCAACCUUCUCCCCACCCUCUGCACUUUCUCCUUGAAUUUUGUCUUCUGUUCCCCUUCUUCCACCCACUCCAUACCCCCACCUCUUUUUAGGACUUCACCUUGAUACCGAAUUCUCAUUAUUUUCAAUGGGAAUUUUUAUACAUUGAGCCAAGUUUGUAUAGCAAGUAUUCAGGCAGGACGGAUGGACUGAGACAGCAGGACAAGUAGAUUUUGAGACAAUCACCAAGUGCAAUUUCAUGGUGGGUGCCUCCAGAUGAGGUGGAUUGGGGCAGGGGUUUCCGUCUGGAAUCUGGGGACACGCUUUAGCAAACUUAGUCUUGGACCUAAUGAGAAACCCUUUCUGAGUGGGCUCUGGUGUUUUUGUUUUCUUUCUCUCUCUCUCUCCCCCCCUUCUUUCUUCUUGAACAGAGGGCUACAUUUCACUACCCCCCCCCACACCCAUACACUUCUUCUAGAAAAGGACCAACUUCAAGGCCGGAAGCAGGAGACUGCUGCUGUUGGCUCCAUGUAACCCUAACCCUGUUCUCUGCCCUCUGGACCAAGGCCCUUCUGCUCUCAGAAAGGGUGAGGUGCACUGACUCUUCGAGUUGUGCACAUGCCCCUUACCCACUUGCCGGGUAAGCACCACUAACCCCUCCCAGUCAUCUUUUUGCAAUAGAUUGUCACAUUCAGGAAGAAAUGAACAGUGGCCUGGUUUCCUUGUUGACCCACAUUCACCCAUAGGUUUGCCAAGAACUAUUCUAUUCUCUCUGGGCCCAGAGGACCAAUUCUUCAUCUCUGUUCACCUUCAUCUCUAACCGUCUCUAAGCACUACCUACCCCAGAGCUUGCCAGAUUGGGCUCCGAGGUUAGGGACAGGAAUGGGUAUGUGGAGAAUGUUAGGAGGUUGAGGGCAACCAGGGGUGUCUCGUUGCUGCUGCCUUUCCUGAGGACACAUGGUCAUGUGGUCCCCUUAGACUGUCACCUCCUGAAACCCUGCAUUCUGUCAUGUCAUGGAGGUCAGUUGUCCUCUCUCUCGGCUUCUGCCCAUAUUCACCAUUCAUUCACUUACUCAUUCAGCAAGUUCACAGCCCCUCCGAGAGGAGGGCUUCUGUAGGCACGGUCUGGAACAUUCACUGAGCAGUAGUUACUGAGUGCCUAUGUGUUAGGUACUGUACCGGGCACUGACUAGCCAGUGGUAAGGGAAAUACAGCUCCAACCUCACCCCAUUCCCCAGAUGAAGGCCACAUGCUCCUUCGAAUCUGGCCGAAAAAGUGCCAGAUGCCUUGCUGCGUUUGCAUCUGUAUCAGCAAGCCAGGUUCUGCCUCUGGAUCUCCCUCCAAGACCCCACCUCUGUAAAAUGCUGACUGCAGCUAGAGCCCCCAGCCCCAUGGCUCAACCAGUGUUUAUUUCUCUGAAUCACCCUUCCUCACCUUCCCCAGCCUCCACCUCUCCUCACCAGCCCCCCAGAAGGGGGUUCAGAGCUAGUAGACUAGCUAUCCGCUAGCUGCCUCUGCUUUUCUCUGCCUAGCACGAGGCUGGGAGGACACUGGAGUCUCUGUAUCUUACCCACAUGUUACUCUGAACAGAUCGGAAGCCUGUCCACACUCACACAUGUACAAACCUGGGUGUUUGGAUGCAGGGUUUUUUCUAGUCUUAUCUACAGCCAUCCCAGAAACCCUCCCCUCUGUCCCCUAAAUGACCCACUUCAGGGGAAGGCCAAAAAAUGACCUUGUCUCUUACCAACACCAUGCCUUGUCCCAGGAACUUGCCCUAUACUUCCAGGUUCCGUCUCCUCUCUCCCUCCAUUUCCACCCAGGCCACCUAGUGGAGUCUAGAACCUUAGAGUUGGAAGGAAUCGUAGAGGUUACCUAGUUGGAGCUGUGUCCAACAGAGUUCAUUAACACCAGCCUGGGCUUGUUUCGGCUCCUUGGGCCUCGUGUCUUGUCUCCCACCUCCAAACGUGUUUGCACACAGGCUCUUUUUGUACAGGCACCAACACCAACUCCUCUGCCCCUGCGGCUGUGCCCUGUGGUCCCCAGUCCCUCCUGCCCCCGUCACACCCUUUCCUUAUCUCUGGAGUUUGGCCAGGCUUCCCCAGAAGACUCUGGAGCAUCUUCCCUUGCCAAAAAUGCCGGAAGGCAGGCACGCCCCCAGCCCUGAAUGUGUGAGCAGGAGGGCUUCGGAGCGAGAGGGCAGGAGAGUGGAGUUGGCUUUCAUGGGAGACUCAUUUCUUUUCCCCUGACUGCACAGACUGCAUGUACUUCAGCCUGGCUGCAAGGAGCGACAUUGGUUUACUCUCGUAUCCUUAAAAAGUUACAGAAUUGUGUCUUAAGAGAAUUAUUUAUAGUUACUAUAACUGAAUUGACAAAUGUCAACAUAACUGAUAAAUUAUAUUUGGUAAAUAAAGAGGACGUUUAUUUA